UGGCGGGAAAGGGGGAGAAGGCAGAGCGUUGUAACUGCGCAUGUCAAGAUUUAAAGGAGCCGGGCCCAGGAUGGGAGACAGGGGUGGCCUUCUGUAGGAAGCCCCAGGAGCUCUUCUUAGGCCUGAAAGCACCAUGGACCAAUACAGCAUCUUGGGCCGCAUUGGAGAAGGGGCUCAUGGCAUUGUUUUUAAAGCCAAAAAUAUAGAGACUGGGGAGACAGUUGCCUUGAAGAAAGUGGCUCUCCGGAAACUAGAGGACGGGAUCCCCAACCAAGCACUUCGGGAGAUCAAGGCCCUGCAAGAAAUUGAAGAAAACCAACAUGUGGUGAAACUGAAGGAUGUCUUUCCUCAUGGCACAGGCUUUGUGCUGGUGUUUGAAUACAUGCUGUCUGACCUGUCUGAGGUGAUCCGCAACUCCGAACAGCCUCUCACUGAGGCCCAAGUAAAAGGCUACAUGCUUAUGCUGCUCAAGGGAGUGGCCUUCUGCCACGCCAACUCCAUCAUGCAUCGGGACCUGAAACCAGCCAAUUUGCUGAUCAGCUCUACAGGUCAGCUGAAAAUUGCUGACUUUGGUCUGGCCAGGGUCUUUACCAGUGAUGGGGAGAGGCUCUAUAGCCACCAAGUAGCCACCAGGUGGUAUCGGGCUCCUGAACUCCUCUAUGGUGCUAGGAAAUAUGAUGAAGGUGUGGAUUUGUGGGCUGUGGGCUGCAUCUUCGCCGAACUUCUCAACAAUUCCCCCCUCUUUCCUGGGGAGAAUGAUAUCGAGCAGCUAUGCUGUGUCCUAAGAGUGCUUGGGACUCCAAACCAGAAGAUCUGGCCGGAGAUCACUGAAUUGCCUGAUUACAACAAAAUCUCCUUCAAAGAGAAGUUGCCCAUUCCUCUGGAGCAAAUAGUACCCGAUGCCUCUCCACAAGCUGUGCAGCUCCUGAAACAGUUCCUGGUCUAUCCUUCCAAACAGCGUGUGCAGGCAGCAGAGGCCCUCUUACAUCCUUAUUUCUUCACCCCUCCGCUGCCCGCCCAUCACUCAGAGCUGCCCAUUCCCCAGCGUGGAGGCAAAAAAGCCCGCCAGGGGCCCCAGCACCAGCGUGACUUCCACGUGGAGCAGCCGCUGGAAGAGUCUCUCGUGGAUUUAGAACUUGUGGCACCGUAUGUGAUUGACGCGUGAAGAAGGGAUUUCUUUUGCUCACAGAUAUGUGUGGUGUGUUUUUCCUAUUGAGGGGCUGCUUCACCCUGAAGAGGAACUUGGCCUUUCAGCUAGUAAGAGGGACCCACAAGGUUGGUAGAGCUUCCACUCCCGCAAGAAAUAAAAUAGUUGUUCGUGCCCAGAGCCUGCUUUUAUGCAAGCAUGAAAAGCAGGGAAGGAGGGGGAGAUGCCCUUUGUAUGUUACUGAAUUUCAACUUCUGUGAUCCUCCUAUACUGGCUACCACAGAUGAGAGUCAGCAUCCUACAAUAUCUGGUGGGGAGUUGGGGGGAGAAGACAGAAGCUCUGCUCAUUGUGGCAGAUUUCAGCAUGGGUAACUCUUCCUGAUCUUACACUUUGCCCAUUGGCAGUAUUUCUUAUUUCACUGAAUCAUUGACAGCACAGUAAGAUGCCAGGGAGCUUCCCUACCCUUUUUAGUACUUUCUUGGACUUCAAGGACAUUCCAGUUUUCUGCAGUUCUUCUGAUGUUUUGUAAAGGCACUGUUUUGUUUUUUAUUUUGCAGUAUUG